UGUAGAGAACUCUGCAAGUGGAGUGUUACCAGGAAGAAAAGAAAAAGUGCAUUUGCAAAGAUUUAGCAAGAAACGACUGUUUACGUAAUCUAAGUAAAUUUUAAGGUGUCGCCUGUCCUAUCUUAACUCGUUUAAAGAUUGUCAUUUACCAUGAGCGAAUGUGUUUCACGUUUCCGGAAAACGGAUCAGUCUUCGCUAAACCCUCCGAUCCGUAAGAUCGUGUCAAAAGACGAAAUAAGCGAAUAGUAUAAGUAUAAGCCGAGGUACGUAGCUCAGAAGAAAAUUAAUUUCCGCCAUGCUGGCUCGACACAUGAUCGUCCUGUUGUUUCUGCUAUUGUUGAACUGGAUAGGCGGCAAGUACGGCGGUCUCGAGUCAACGAUCCUAUCGAGCGUGCGGAAUCUCGUAGCCACUAGAAACGGCUCCUGUCCAAAGCGUCUGCGGAAUCUUUGUGCCAGAGAAGUCAACCUGACGGACGUCCUGGAGGAAGCCAUUUCGCUGAGUCUCGAGCACUGUCAGGAUCACUUCAGAUACACGAGAUGGAACUGUACGAUCAAUCAUAGAUUAUUUCAAAUAGUAUCCAGGGAGACGGCAAUGGUCACUGCAUUCGUAGCAGCAUCACUGGUCCAGACGCUGACCCGUGCUUGCGGUAAUGAAAGGUUCAGCGUAUGUCGGAAAAGUCUAUCUGAAAAUUUCACAUACUUCGAUAAGCAACUGGUGGUGCAUUCGCAGAGCGACGAUCUGCAUUUUGGACGGCGAAUGGCGCACAGGAUUCUUGGAUUACCCAGAAGGAAGAGAAAAGUUAACAAAACGAAACGUCCUCUGGAAGACGUCCUGAUGGCUCACAAUGCUCAACUCGGACUUCAGGUUGUCGCCGAAUUCGAGGACAGCUGUCAGUGUCACGGAGUCUCGGGUAGCUGUAGCAUCAAGUCCUGCAAGAGACGUCUGGUGCAAUUUGAAAAACCUGCCAAAUUUUUGCGCGAGAGGUAUUCUUUCAGAUAUCCAAUUGCUGCCAGAGUCGAAUCUCUUGAGGAAAGUUCGAAGAAAAAGAAAAUGCCACGACGUAGGCUCGUGUAUGCUGCGGCUUCGCCUAAUUUCUGUAAAUUGACACACGGACGGGAAUGCUCGGGCGAAAUGAACUGUUCGACUCUCUGUUGCGGUCGUGGCUUCCUGACGAGAGAUGUACGAAUUUCUAAAAGAUGUAUGUAACUCGAAGCGAUAUCUCAGCGCUGCUUCUCGUCUGAUCGUCGAAUCGUUUAAUCGAGAGAUCUCACGCUCUCGUGAUUCACGGAAUUUAUAUUCCAGCAGACGAUUACGAAAUGUUGUCACAACACGCAAAAGGAUAACGCGUCUGGAACAUCGUGUGAAAGCAUUGACGAUAAGAAGAGGAUGGGAGCGAGUAUGAUGAACGUCAUGAGAAAGAAUGCGCAGCUCCCUGACGGUUCCAGGGGGAGAGAAGCCAUUGAGGGCCGAAGUGGACCGGAGGCAGGGGCCACCGAUUAACCCUUACUUAACGGGCGCCAUCGGCCUUGUGCGCUCCGAUGUCCUACAACAAUGGAGCACUUAUGCUUUCGGUCCACAGUGAUGCUGUGGUUGCGCCGCUAAAGCAUAAGUCAUCGUACCGGGCAAUCAGUGAGGACCGCGUCAGCGCUGCUCCCCCAAUUAUCUCUACGGCAAAACAAUUAAAUGCAAUCCCGCGACCUGGUGGGACGAGCGGACGAAAAGAAGAUCAGGAGCGAAUAUGGCUUGAGGAAUGAAAGAACGGAGGAGACGUGGAGAUCGACGCUCGUCCUUUGGCUCAUCUUCCGACUCCUCCUCGAGCAGGCUAAUACCUACCACUCCCCGAGCCAAGUGACGUUGGGACAAAAGGAUAUGCAUCUUCAUCCAAUUAAAGGAUAAUGGAUGCCGCUCGACGGAUAAUUUGCUUCGGACAGGAAAUACUCACCGUUCGGUCCAGCGUUCGAUUCUCAACGACCAGCAUCAUCUGGACCAUCGGCUUAAAUACUGUUGAAAAAAAAGCUCAAACGUCACGAGGUCGCAGCUUCCCUCCGGUCGAUCCUCUGGCUGACAGGUUUGACAAAAAUGUCAAAUGUCACAUGUCAAAUGGAAGAGACGUUAAAUGGCUCAGAAAUAAGCGACCCUCAAGAGUGGAAGGACCGAUCGCGCGAGGUCCCGAUCUGUUUGCCUAUAUGCGAAGCGUUCGAGCGCGUUACAACUCAAACCUUUUAGCCGUUGUUUGAACGGCGUUGUAUUCUAUUUAUACAACCGCUUAAACACUCGGCCCAGUAAGCUCUGGCGCAUUUUCAAGUGCGCCCGUCUUCGAGACGUUGUCUAUUCCACCUUUAAGGUUUCAGCCUGCGUCCACCUUCCGACUCUAUCCCAACACAGACUCUUGGCCUGCUCUCUUCUUCCAUCCACCAUUUUUAUUAUUUUACUGCUCCUUCCGUUUCACCACUAGAUUCUCCUUGCGACCUGGCAAAGUGGUGCAGGGUCUUAAAAACUUUCGUGAUUCCGUGCUUCUUCUUUUUUUUUAAUCCCAAGAUCCCCAUAACCUGAUGAAGAUACAAAGUAGAUCGGGACGAGGUCAGACAGCUACCACCAUAUUAGCCUUUAUUCUCGGUCGAUUUCGAGACGUCAGAUCACGUUAGGCCAUCCUCGCGCUACCAUACCGAUCGUCAUGUUGCUGGCUGUUUUAGUUGCGCCGGUUUGUUGCCGCAAGCGAGCUAUCGUCCUAUGAAUCUGGCCUUUCGGCCCGGGACGUAGGUAGGCAUAGGAGCGCCGCUCCGAUCACUAAAUUAAGCCGGAUUAGCCUAAUCAGCCCUGUGGAUCGUUAAUUAAUGAGGCUAUUAGUCAGAACCGGUGACUAUUAAUUCGGACGAUAGUCCGCCCCGACGAUAUGUUAUGGCAAUAUCGUGUAUUUGUCACUAUCGUCCGGCUCACAAAUUGGUUACAGCGCAUCUGGAAUGCGGUGCCCCGCGAUAGGCUCUACUUUAUUUCAAUACGCCUUUCUUUUUCUUUACUCUCUUUGUUCUCUUAUUUUUUUCCUCUUUCUAUUCUCGACCCGCUUUCAUAUUUGCAUAGCAGUUGCGAACUUCCUCGGCGCAAGGCUCGCUCCGGUGAAAGAGAAUGAGGGCGAGCGUCCUGGAACCGCAUCAAUGGAUUCUUUUUUAACCGCCUGCACCAUUGCUAUGGGAUAG